CGGAGGCGGGGAUUGGCGGGGGCGUGGUGGGGCGUGGCACGACGCGAGCGCGGCGCAGGGUGAGCGGCGGCAGUGCGCGGUGCCGCUCGUGCCGUCCCCGCCGCCCCGGGCCGCCGCCGCCGCCGCCGCCCCCCGGCAUGAGGAAGCGUAACGAGUCGGUCACGGUGGAGCAUGAGCGCGCCGCCGCCGCGCCCGCGCCCCUCGACAAGGGCUGCAGCCUGAGGCACAGCCUGCGCCUGCCCGCCGCCGCCACCGCCGCCACGGGUAUGAAGCGACCGCUGGGCAGGAGAUACGGAUUAUGGUUUCGAUUGCGGAAGUUAAUAAUCUGGUUGCUGGGAGUAUACAUAGCCAUUCCAUUUCUAGUAAAACUUUGUCCUGCUAUUCAGGCGAAGCUGGUCUUCCUAAACUUUGUGAGGGUCCCAUAUUUCAUUGACUUGAAAAGACCACAGGAUCAAGGUUUAAACCACACCUGUAAUUAUUACCUGCAGCCAGAGGAGGAUGUAACCAUUGGAGUCUGGCAUACAGUCCCUGCAGCCUUAUGGAAGAAUGCCCGAGGGAAGGACCAGUUGUGGUUUGAAGAUGCUUUGGGUUCCAACCAUCCUGUAAUCCUUUACUUGCAUGGCAAUGCAGGAACCAGAGGAGGGGAUCACCGCGUGGAGCUUUACAAGGUUCUCAGCUCCCUUGGGUACCACGUGGUCACGUUUGAUUAUCGAGGCUGGGGCGAUUCAAUAGGCAGCCCAUCAGAGAGGGGAAUGACUUAUGACGCCCUUCAUGUCUUCGACUGGAUAAAAGCAAGAAGUGGAGACAACCCGGUCUAUAUAUGGGGACACUCCUUGGGCACAGGGGUUGCAACAAAUCUAGUGAGGCGCCUUUGUGAAAGAGAAACGCCCCCAGAUGCCCUGAUACUGGAAUCUCCAUUCACCAACAUACGGGAGGAGGCACGAAGUCACCCCUUUUCUGUGAUAUACAGAUACUUCCCUGGGUUUGACUGGUUCUUCCUUGACCCCAUCACGACAAGUGGAAUUAAAUUUGCAAAUGAUGAGAAUGUGAAAUACAUUUCCUGCUCCCUGCUCAUCCUGCAUGCUGAGGAUGACCCGGUGGUACCAUUUCAUCUGGGAAAGAAGCUUUACAACAUUGCUGCGACGUCAAGGAGUUUCCGAGACUACAAGGUGCAGUUUGUUCCGUUCCACACAGACCUCGGCUACCGUCACAAGUAUAUCUACAGGAGUCCAGAGCUACCUCGAAUACUGCGGGAAUUCCUGGGAAAAUCUGAACAUGAGCAUCAUCACUGAAGACUGGCUGCUUGGCAGCAUAGAGGUUUUCCUUUCUUUCUUUCCUCUCUCUCCUCUUCCUCCCCCUCCCUGUGGGUCAGCCUGCCAUUCUUCCGUCCCUGGCACUAGAGGAGGUCAGGGAUUCCCACCCUGGUCCUGAUGUGUACCCUUGGCAACUCCAGCUCCCAGCAUCAGCGCCUGUGAUGGUAGAAGAAAGAAGUUGUUGGCUUCUUUUUUGACAUGGACGGAGGGGUGAUAAUAGCCCUGGAGCCAGUACCAAACCAUGAAAAAUGUAAGCACAACAAAACCUGGCCGAUCUGGCAUGGUACUGCUGAAGACAGACAUUCCUAGGACACGUAUGUCAUGACCAAGGGUGUUUCUUCCACUUUUAAACACUGCUGCUGUUUUUGGAUCAUGUAGAGAUUCAUCUGUAGGUGACUGGCUUUUGCCGUGUCUCCAUACCACAGUUGUCUUGCUUGAGUUUGAGGUGUUCUCUUUCUAGGAAAUACAUGUUUUGCCUUUUCUUUUCGCUAAGUGGCUGUAAUUACAAAUACACAGAAGAUCCAGGUGGUGAGAGGUUUUUUUUAGCUCUUCAGUUGCAAUAUGUUGCAAGUGUUGGGCUAAUUGCACACAUUUGGAAAUAAAAUGAAAGAUUUUUUGUUAUUCCUUUUCAAACAUCUAUUUAAUGGAAAAGGUUAGUGCCCUUUUAUCUCUCUUCUGUACCCUUUUACUUCUGAACGUCAUUUCUGCUCCCAUCCCUCCUGCCCUUUGUGGAUCUCCUCCCUUUCACAUGCAAUUACUAUUAGGACUGAAGUUACUUACGUAGAUAAAUUACAAAUUUAGGAUUUUAAGCAGGAAAGUGUGAGAUAACAUUUUUGCUUGAUCUCUCCCUUCCAUGAACAAAGUGGGCCCAGGAUGUGGGAAUGGAUGUCUUCCAUCGUCCCUGUAAACACCCAGACAGACAUGUGCUUCCUUUAGGUGGGAAGGGCAGGUUUUUUCCCUCAACUACCUUUUAACUACUUAAGUCAGUUUUUUUGUGUUCCUGGUGGCCACACCAUUCCUCUGUAGUUAAAAGCAGGCAGUAGUAUGCAGUACUUGAUGAAAAAAUAAGUCUGGGGUGUCCCUCUCCAUCUCCCCAUCCACCUCCCCUCUGUGCUCUGGGCAUUACAGAAUCACAGAAUGGUAGGGGUUGGAAGGGACCUCUGGAGAUCAUCUUGUCCAACCCCCGUGCUUGAACAGGGGGCACAGGAACACAUCCAGGUGGGUUUUGAAUGUCUCCAGGGAAGGAGACUCCACAACCUCCCUGGGCAGCCUGUUCCGCUGCUGUCACCCUCACAGUAAAGAAGUCUUUUCUCACAUUUAGCUGGAACUUCCUGUGUUUCAAUUUGUGCUCAUUGCUCCUUGUCCUGUCAUCGGGCACUAUUGAAAAGAGUCUAGUCCCAUCAUCCUGCCACCCACCUUUUAGAUAUUUAUAGGUAUUUAUGAAAUCCCCCUUCAGUCUUCUCUUCUCCAGGCUAAACAAACCCAAGUCUCUCAGCUUUUCCUCAUAAGGGAGAUGCUCCAGUCCCCUGAUCAUCUUUGUAGCUCUCUGCUGGACUUGCAUAAGCAGUUCCACAUCCUUCUUAAACAGGGGGACCCAAAACUGGACACAGUACUCCAAAUGUGGUCUUACUAGGGCAGAGAAGAGGGGGAGGAUAACCUCUCUCGACCUGCUGGCCACGUUCCUUUUAAUGCAUCCCAGGAUACCAUUGGCCUUCUUGGCCACAAGGGCAUGGUGCUGGCUCAGGGUCAGCCUGCUGUCCACCAGCACUCCCAGGCCCUUCCCAACAGAGGUGCUUUCCAGUAGUUCAGCCCCCAGCCUGUACUGGUGCAUGGGGUUGUUCCUCCCCAGGUGCAGGACCUUGAACUUCCUCUUGUUGAAUUUCAUGAGGUUCCCCUUGGCCCAGCUCUCCAGCCUGUCCAGGUCUUGUUAGAUGGCAGCACAGCCUCCUGACCUAUCAGCCACUCCUCCCAGCUGGGUAUCAUCAGCAAACUUGCUGAGGUUACACUCUAUCCCAUCAUCCCAGGCACUCCCAACAGCACUUCUCAGCCCAUCUUACAGCCAUGGUGGGAACAUGUUGUCCAGCAGGCAGAAGUGGAAAUGAGCCUCUCCCACAGGGAGAGGUCCUGGGGAUGUCCUUUCCCUGUUUGGGGCUAGAAUAGGGGCUGCUUUAUGCCACCAAUGAGCUCUGCACUGAGAUGGGAGAGGGUCAUAUGCUGGCUCUGUGGUGUCUGGCUGGGGACCUGGCCCUGCUCCCCGUCAGUCUAUAUAGACAAUACCAGGUGCUGUAGGUUUAGUCACUAGUGCUUAGUGAAUUGUGCUGCCUGAAGGGUCUGUUCAGGGGUGUACAGCGUAGUAUAAACUGCUCAGCAUGCAUCCAAGUUAUAUCUGCAGGCUCAUACUAGUAAAGCAGACAGUAGCUUGUUCUUGUACUGAGAAUCUUCUGCCAUAGCGUGGUUGUCCCUGAUGUUUCUGACCCAUGAUACUCAUAAGCUAACUGUGCCACUUCAGUUAUGUUCAAUGCACCUGUAUUUAUUGCACUGACAGAAGAGAAACACUUAUUUGGCUCUGGAGAGCGUGCACAUUCCAGCUAAUGCUGCUGCUAGCUUGGGGCAAAGUGCAGCCUGAGCCAGAGGCUGGUCGGCUGCCUUUCUCCUGUGUGAUGCAGCUGAGGGUCCAGCAGGUGAACUGCUGGUGUUGGUGACCACACCACCACCAUUCCCGUUAGUAGGCCAGUGAUAUGCUUGGAAAUUUAAACUGAAAUGUUUAUCUAAAAGUGGUGUAGUUUUAAUAAAGGCAUUGACUGCUGAUCACUUCA